CAAUAAUCUAAAAUUGGUAGGGCACGUCAUAAAUUACAUCAAAGUCACUGUCAACAGUCAACUGUCAAAUCCUAAUAUAAAUCCCCAUAAAGUUACAGUCAGCUUACAUCUCAAUUUCCAUGGCGGAAACGGAUCCCAAACGUUUAAUGGAUCCGAAAACCGGAUUCAGUCACCAAACCGGAACUUACAGUAGCCUUAGACCGCCCCUCCCUUUGCCGCCUAUCAAUCAACCGCUUUCCGUCGCCGAAUUUUGUCUCUCCCUUUUAUAUCGGACUUCCACCGACGGCUCCACCGCUUUCGUCGUCAAUGAAAUCGCCGGCGAAUCGCUAUCUUACUCUCAAUUCGUUUCUCAAGUACGUUCCCUAGCUUAUUCUCUACAGCAGCGUUACUCUCUUUCCCAAAACGACGUCGCUUUCGUUGUCUCACCGCCUUCGAUUCAUAUUCCCGUUGUUUACUUCGCUUUGCUGUCUUUGGGGAUCAUCGUUUCUCCCUCAAAUCCACUCAGUUCCAACUCGGAAAUCGCUCACCAGAUCCAACUCAGUAAAUCCGUUAUUGCCUUCGCUACUUCAAAAACCUUCCAUAAAAUCCCUUCUCUUAAACACGGAAACAUACUCCUCGACUCGCCCGAGUUUCUCUCCAUGUUAACUCAGUCCAAUGUCGAUAACAUCAUGAAAAGCGUGAAGGUAAACCAGUCCGACAUGGCAGCGAUAUUGUAUUCUUCUGGAACCACCGGCCGAGUUAAAGGCGUGAUGGUGACUCACCGAAACCUAAUCGGAAUUAUGGCGAUUAUUCAUCGCUAUAACAUGAAUCAAGGCAAAGAUAACGAUAAGCCGCCGCGGCGACCGGUGACGUUUUUCACGCUGCCUUUGUUCCACGUUUUCGGUUUCUUUAUGUUGUUGGGGAUGGUUUUGUCAGCGAGUACAGUGGUUUUGGUAGAGAGAUUUGAUUUCGAGGAAAUGCUAAGAGCAGUUGAAAAGUACAAGGUUACAGGCAUGCCAGUGUCGCCGCCGGUUGUGGUGGCGUUUGUUAAAUCGGAUUUGACAAAAAAAUACAAUUUAAGCUCGCUUCAAAGACUUGGCUGCGGUGGCGCGUCGCUUGGAGAGGAAAUGGCUCAGCGAUUCAAGAAGAAGUUCCCCAAUGUGCUAUUGACGCAGCUACCUUUUAUUUGGUUAAAAUAUGCUCUUAGUCCUUCUAUUUUUUAUUUGAAGAUGUCAACCUAAUCAUUAAAAUUUUAAAUACUUUGUAUCAAAAUUUCUCAAUUUUAAAAUUGGCUUGCCUCA